AUGCCAGUCCCAAGCGAUUCAGUAAAGAUCGUCCCUCUCACCGACGACGAGGGAGUCAGCGGAAACAUUGCGAACGAUCACCUCUUUGAUGCGGUCGACGCACUUUUCAACGAUGGUGUGGUCGUCCUCGAGAAUGCCAUAGAUGUUGAGGUUAUUGACAAGUUGAAUGAGAAGAUGAAGUCUGAUACCGAGAAGAUCAUGAGUGGUUCUGUCAAGGUCCAUUGGAAUCAAGGGGAGGAUAAGGGAAAUGUCUCUCAAGUCCCACCAAUCCUCGAAGAAUACUUAUUUCCCCAAAUCUACGCCAACAAGCUCGCUUCUUCAGUGCUAUCAAGCGUUCUCGGUCCAGUACCUGAACUGCACUACAUCCGUUCCAACACGUUAUUAGGAAACACCACGACUCGUCAGAAAGUACACAAGGAUGUCAAAGGUCGACACCUCUCUCACCCAUAUGCGAUCGCCAUGAACGUUUGUCUGAUUGACGUAACUCCAGAGAAUGGCUCCACGGAAUGUUGGCUUGGGACCAACAAUUCCUCUCCAUGGACUGACCAUCAAACUUAUACACUUGGGUUUGUACAGGAUGAGAAGCUCGAAGCGAGGAGGAAAAUCAGACCACCCGUUUAUCCUAGUGUCAAAAAAGGAAGUUUGAUCUUGAGAGAUCUCAGAACUUGGCACGCUGGUAUGCCAAAUCACACCUCUGAGACUCGAGUCAUGCUCGCCUUCGUAUACUUCGCUCAGUGGUACAGAAAUCAAAUGAAGCAGAAGUUCCCCAUUUCACUGAAACCUCUCAUUGAAAAGUACGAGAAGGAAAGUAAUACUAGGAUCGUAGUGGAUUAUGUGGAUGACGAAGAAGUAAAGGAUUACCUUAAUACACAGUUUGAAACUUUGUUCAUCUCGCCUCACCAUCCUUUACAAGAAGUACCUUAG